AUGUAUACUCCACACGAAGCUCCAAUGGGGCAACAAGACAGUGUUAUGUACUACAGGAGAUGUGAAGAAUUUGGAGGCUGGGAUGGAAGGCUUUUCCUGAUUGUUACACUGGCUCGAGUAUUGGGAGCCAAGGGGUCAGGUGCACAGCUUCACCUGACCAGAAAACCCUUCAAGGAAGAGGUCGCUGAAGCUGGCACGAUCUUCUCCUGGAAGUGCCAUUCCACAGGCUGGCAAGACGGGCCCGGACAUCUCCUGGGCCCGCGCCAAAAGAGUGCCCCACCACUGCAGCUCCGGGCCUCGGCACCCGUCUGCCCCUCUGGCAGCGGAGUGGCACCGGGAUUUCCCACCCUGCUCCUCUCCCGAAGUUGGACACUCGCCCGCCGGGCAGGGCAGCGGCUUCCUGGCGGAGCAGAGAGCUGCUCGUCACUCUCCCGCCAACAAACGAAGGAUGCGGAGGUCAACCCCGGCUCCCGACACGUUUCCUUUGGCAGGCCCAGGGGAGGGCCGUGGGCGAGGGGUCGGCGCUGGGGUGGGACGAGGCGGGCGGCCGGGACAGACCGAGACGAAGCCGAGCGCUUGCCACAGCAGCCGGGGCAGCCCGCGCCCCUCGCCCCGCCACGCCGAGCCGCCAGGAUGCCGCGGGCCGGGCCCUGGUGCCUACUCGUGGCCGCGGCCUGCGCCCUGGGCCGGCCCUCGCCACCGCGGGCCGUCGUCCGCUGCCAGGCCGCCGGCGUCUGCUUCAGCGCCCACCUCGUCAACAGCUCCUACGCCGAGGCCCGCAACGCCUGCGACCGCCAUCGGGGCAGCCUGGCCUGGCUCAGCGGUGAGCCGGAGCUGCGCCUGCUGCUGGGGCUGCUGGCGGAGGCGGUGGCUGAGUCCGCGCCCUCGCUCUUCUGGGUCGGGCUGAAGAGAAACGCCUCCGCCUGCACGGACGAGGGGCAGCCGCUCCGCGGCUUCUCCUGGGACGGCGCCGACGGCGGGGCGGCCCCGCAGGAGGUGCCCGCGGAGCUGGGCCGGUGGGUGAAGGAGCCGGUGCGCUCCUGCCUCACCGCUCGCUGCGCCGGGCUGCACAUGGCGGUGGUCCCUGGCGGCGGCCCCAGCUGGGGCUGGAGGGAGCGGCCCUGCCAGCGGCAGAGCCAGGGCUACGUCUGCAAGUACCAGUACGAGGGCGCCUGCCCCGACCUCAGCCCCGCGGGCGCCCUCGGCUUGGACUACAGCCUCCCCUUUGAGGGCCGCAGCGCCGGCCCCGGCUUCAGCCCGCCGGGCACAGUGCUCACCGUGUCCUGCCCCGGAGGGCAGAUGCAGCUCACCUGCCAGCCAGAGCUGGGCGGCUUCGAUUGGCAGGGGGCGGCGGGGCCCCUCUGCCCCUGCAGCAACCGCAGCCCCGGCAGCGGACGCUGUGCCGAGGCCGCCGGGUGCCGAGAUGUGGCCGGCGGCGUCGCCUGUGCCUGCACCCCGGGCGGGCAGGACGGGUCGCCCUGCGCGGCCACCGAGCCGGCCUCCACCGCCGCGGGCGGCCCCGCAGAGCCGCCGGGUGCCGGGACGGAGGGGGGGCGGCUCUCCCUCCCACCGCUCCGGAACACCGCGGUACCGCCCGCCGCUACCGUGGCUGCCGGCGGGGAGAAGACGGUCGCUCCGCCGCCCUUCUCCUCCUCCUCCCACUACGUUUUCAUACUGGUGACGGUCGCGGUGGUAGUGCUGGUCAUCCUGGUCAUGACCGUCCUGGGGGUCUUCAAGCUUUGCUUCAACAAGGAAUCUGAAGGCUGCGGGGACAAGGAGCCACCGGAGACCGGCAGGAAGGCGGAGGCGGGCUCCGCAGAGGCGAGGGGAGCAGCGGGCGGUGAUUAGACCGGAGCGUCGGGGACGGCGGGGGGCCCGUCCCUUGGGGCAGUUCCCACGCCGGACCAGCGCUCGGCUCCCACACGUCUCUCAUGCCGCUGAACGUGGGUGUGCAGAACUUGAGGAUUGUCAGACGUGGAAGCUUGCAGCGGACCCCUUUUCACGGGCUUGGAACCUUUGGACAGUCAAGAUGUGUUGUCAGUCUGUUAAUCAAGUGCUCACAGAAGUGAAAAAUUAAAUACAGUGGCCUGGCUGACAGAACUGAUGUUCAUCUUCAGCUGCAACAGUUGUGGCUUUUUAUCUUCUCAGAAUCUGCCUUUUGGGUGCCUUACUUGGAACAAGUUUAAAGGGGACCAGUUUGAGCCUUCGCACCUUCUAAUUUAGCAGUGAGUGGCACUUGGAGUUUCUCCUUUCUAGUUGCUGGAACAUCUCAAAAGGUGAAUUGCCAUAAUUUUUGAGGAAACUGUGACCCAUACUCUUUCAGAUUGACAUUCUUACACAUGAAGAAGAUCUCUACACUUAAAAAGAUCAUUAAAUUGCUGAGGAAGUGGGAGUUUAAUGGGGAGACAGUUUUAUACUU